AUGCAGCGCUUACCCCGGCCUAGCACCCCUUCCAACGGAACCGCAUUCUCUACUGUACCAGCAAGUUUCCUCCCGCCAUCAGAUCAUAGUGCGGGUACUCCCAAACUACGUGCGACUUUGCACAGUAUGCACAGUCUCCAGCUCUUCCCCCGCAAGGGUCCAGUCUCGGGUACCGACUACAAAAUCAACUGCAGUAUGGAACUUUAA